AUGAGGAAACUGCUGUUGGGAUGCUGCUGCUGCUGCUGGCUGCUUCCUUGGGCUCUCUGCGCCACAAGUCGAGGGGAGAAGGCAGGGGGAGGUAAUGGAGAUAGCCUGCCUGAAUCCAUACCUCUGGGGACUCUGCCACGCUUCCUGGUUGAACCGGAGGAUUCUUACAUUGUGAAGAACAACCCCAUUAAGCUGCGCUGCAAAGCUAUGCCUGCCAUGCAGAUCUUCUUCAAGUGCAAUGGAGACUGGGUCCAUCAGAAUGAACACGUGCUUGAAGAACAUGUGGACGAAUACACAGGGCUGAGUGUUCGAGAAGUCCUUAUCAAUGUUUCUCGACAGCAAGUGGAAGAUUUUCAUGGUCCAGAAGAUUACUGGUGCCUCUGCGUCGCCUGGAGUCAGCAGGGAACAACUAAAAGCAGAAAAGCUACAGUGCGAAUAGCAUAUUUGAGGAAAAACUUUGAACAAGAUCCACAGGCAAAAGAGGUUCCCUUAGAAGGGAAGAUCAUCUUGCACUGUCGUCCCCCCGAGGGAGUUCCUUCUGCCAAGGUCGAAUGGCUGAAGAAUGAAGAACCGAUUGAUCUUCAGCGUGACCUGAACGUUUACACCACAGCAGAGCACAAUCUAAUCAUUGAGCAAGCGCAUCUCUCCGAUUCAGGCAACUACACCUGUGUUGCUUCAAAUGUGGUUGCCAAACGACGCAGCACAGCUGCCACACUGACUGUGUUUGUGAAUGGUGCCUGGUCGACAUGGACAGAAUGGACGUCUUGUAGUAUCCAUUGUGGCAGAGGAUGGCAAAAACGAACACGGACCUGCACCAACCCAGCGCCACUCAAUGGAGGAACAUUUUGCGAAGGGACUUCAGUGCAGAAGAUUGUCUGCUCCUCCCUUUGCCCAGUGGAUGGUGGCUGGGAACCCUGGAACGGGUGGUCAAUCUGCUCCUCUGAAUGCGAACACCAAAGAGUUCGUGCGUGCGUGGCUCCUGAACCGAGAUAUGGUGGAAAAUUCUGCGAGGGAGUGAGCCAGGAGUCGGAGAACUGCACCGAGGGGCUGUGCAUUCAAAGCCAGACACCUCUGCAGGAAGUGCAGCCUCAAAGUAUUGAGACCAACAGUGACGUGGCUUUAUACUCUGGCCUUGGUGCAGCAGUGAUAGCAGUUGCAAUGCUUGUUGUGGGCAUCACAUUGUACCGAAGAAGUCAAAGUGAAUAUGGCGUCGAUGUUAUUGACUCUUCAGCUUUAACCGGUGGUUUCCAAUCCUUCAGCUUCAAGGCUGCCAGACAGGGUAAUUCUCUGCUUCUGAACCCAGCAAUGCAGCCCGACCUGACGGUGAGCAGGACGUAUAGUGGACCCAUCUGCUUCCAGGACCCCGUGAACAAAGAACUCAUGACCCAGUCGCCGCUCUUUGACUCUCUUCCGGGGAUCAAAGUUAAAGUGCAAAGUUCUUUAAUGGUUUCACUUGGAGUUGCAGAUGGAGUGGAGUAUCACGGGAGGGUAUCAUCCCGGACUUACCCUCGUAAUAACAGAGGUGUUGAUAAAAUACACGCAAGAAGCAAUGCGUCAAGUUCUCAGCACCUCCCCACUGCAGUUACAAGGACUGAAAACAGGACUUCUGGCAUAUUCAGUUGCCUGGGUGGAUGCUUGGAGGGACCAACGAAAGGGGUCCGUUUAUUGGUUCCACUGGGAGCAAUUCCGGAGGGGAAUUCAUGGGAAAUGUAUCUCGCAGUAAAUCAAGGUGAAAACAGCCUGCAGCCAGAAGGAGCUGAGAUAAUCUUGAGUCCUGAGGUCACCUGUGGGCCACCAGGUCUGACCUUGUCUAACCCCAUUACUCUGACUAUCCCUCACUGUGCAAUGAUGUGUUCAGAGCAUUGGAGCAUAAAGCUGAAGAGACAGACACUGACAGGAAAGUGGGAGGAAGUGAUGUUGCUUGAAGACGAGACCACAUCGUGUUACUGCCUACUGGAUUCCCAUUCCUGUCACAUUCUGUUGGACCACCUUGGCACAUAUGCACUCGUGGGUGAGGCAGUCACAGAGUGCGCAGAGAAAAGACUGAAGCUCGCUGUCUUUGGGCGUUUGUCCUACAGUUCUCUUGAGUACAACUUCAGAGUAUAUUGUAUGGACGAUAUUCCAAGUACUUUACAGGAAGUGAUGAGUGAGGAGAGGAGCCAAGGUGGACAUCUGUUGGACGAGCCCAGAACUUUACACUUCAAAGCAAACUCCUACGGCCUUCAAAUCUCCAUGCUUGACGUACCCCAAUUCUUGUGGAGAAUCAAACAACUGAGUGUAUUUCAGGAAUUUGCCUUUUCCCAUAUCUGGUGCAGGAACCAGCAGCCUCUGCCGUGUGCCUUUAGAGUGGAAAGAUUCAACUCAGCAACCACACAGCUCUCCUGUAAGAUCUGCAUCCGCCAGCUAAAAGGCGAUGAGCAGGUCUUUCAUCUCAGCACCUCCAUCCUCGAGAACGAGAGAGAAGCUGUUCACUUCUGUGCGCAGGCUGCAAGUGAUGUGGCCAGUUUAGCAGGUCCCAAAACGUUUAAGAUCCCGUAUUCUAUCAGACAGAAAAUCUGUUCCACCUUUGACGUUCCCAGUGCUUCAGGCAAAGACUGGCGGCUGUUAGCACAAAAGCUCCACAUCGACAGGAACCUGAGCUACUUUGCAGUUCGGAGCAGCCCGGCUGGUACAAUCUUGGACAUAUGGGAGGCACAGCACCAAAAUGACAGAGACCUUGACUCCUUAGCCAGUGCUCUGGAGGAGAUAGGCAGGAUCCAGUGUCCUGCCUCAACGAAAACUGAAGGCGACGGUGAUGAAUCAGACUACAACUACGGGGGAUGAAUCAGAAUCCUUGACCAGCGCCCCAGGAGACCUCGGGGUCCAGCG